GAAAGGAGUUGAGGUAAUUCAAAAUAACAGCUGAACUGUAGAAGCAAAAGUAAAAUGCCUCAACGUGAAUGUGGAUACUCCGAUAGACUAGUUGUGUACUCAGAUGUUGUGAUAGCAAAGUAGUAGAUUUACCUGAAGUUCAGACUGAACCGAGUAGGCCCACUUUUAGUGACCUUUAAUCAGUGUUAAUUACUAUUGAACAGUUGAAGAUAGAUCUGCAUGAUAAAACUGAUUAAAGGACCUGGCCCUUUCCAAUUGAUGGGAACUUCUACAGCAGCAGAUGUGUUCAGGGACCCCCUGCUCAUUCGAGAGACAUUGUUGAUAGGGGCUUUUGUUUUAGUUUUAUGGUACCUGUACAAACUGUUGUUGGCUCCCUUAUUCUCACCACUUCGAAAGAUACCAGGAUGUCCGUAUAUACCACUAGUAGGAAACAUGCUGGAAGCUCGUAAAGCAGAACCAAUGACAAAUGCAAUCAGGUGGAUGAAAAAGUAUAAAUCAAAGAUCAUUCGAUUUUAUUACUUUGGAGGGCAGGAGAGACUCUUGGUUGCAGAUCCAGAAGUCUGCCGACAAGUUUUGGUCACCAACAGCCGUAAUUACAAUCGAUCAGAUGUAUUAUCAUUGUUUAGGAAUUUAACAGGAUCAGUGCCCUUAUUUGUCCUGUCAGGAGAACCGCAUCAUGUGAUCAGAAAAAUAUCCAAUCCCGCCUUCUCUCCAGCCAUUUUGUUUGAUAUGAUCCCAGUAUUUCAAGAGAAGGCACUAAAUCUUAGCAUCAAAUGGGACAGUUUACUGAAAGAUGCACCGACUGAGCAUGCCGAUGUUCAACUUCAAUCCAAUCUGCAAACCAUGACCUUAGAUGUGAUUUGUGAAUGUGGUUUUGGGUACGAUACAAAUUUCCUGAAAUGCUCCAGCCCUCCUGAAGAAGAACUGGGUAUCCGUUCUAUGGUCAAUGGAGUGAGAGAGGGAUUUCUGGACUUUUUGCCGUUCUCUAAGUACUUUCCCACAAAAGCCAAGAAUAAAUUGCGUGAAGAUGUCAAAUUUACGAAAGCAUUGUCCGAGAAGAUUAUUGAAAGUCAGGAGAAAGAAAGCAUCCAUGGGUCCACGAAGAGAGAUAUUCUGACGGUGUUGAGCAGUGCUUGCGAUGCUGAAGGAUCCCAUUUAUCUAAACAAGAGCUGAUUGAUCAAAUUUUUGGAUUCCUUAUUGCUGGAUUUGAUACAACCAGUGUAGCACUCACUUGGACCCUUUUACAGCUCUCUGAGAAACCAGACCUGCAGGAAAGAGUCCGAGGAGAAAUUCUUUCUGUGUUUGGUCCUGAUUUAAACAGACCAAUAACUCAUGAAGAGUUGGAUGCACUGAAACUCACUACUGCUGUUAUUAAAGAAACUCAGAGAUUGUUCCCAGUCAUACCUGUGAUAUUCCGGACAGCAUUAACUGAUGACAAUUUUAAAGGUUACCACAUUCCAAAGGGAACAGUAGUGGGAUUGCACCUUGGUGCACUCCAUAGGUUAAAUUGGGACAAUCCUGAAGAGUUUGAUCCUAGUCGCUUCAUGCAACAGGAAAACCUCGGGUCGAUGACAUUCCUCCCUUUUUCAUACGGACCAUACAUGUGCAUAGGCCACAAGUUUUCCAUGAUGGAAAUGAAAACUGUGUUAUCAAUUUUACUAAGAAAAUUUUCUUUUGAACCCAAACCUGGAUACACGUACCGUAAAUUUCAGUCCAUUGUGUUGAGACCGAAUCCCUCGGCAGUUGUUCGAGUGAAACCUCAAAAUUGAGGAUUUAACUGAAAUAUUUGGUUUAAAUAUUGAUGAGAUGAACAAUGAUUCAAUAAAUAAAUGCUGUAUUUGUCACUGUUGUAGACAUGUAAACAGAUAGAGAGAAAUGUCAUGCUGUAAAGUUCAAACAUUAAUGAUUUUUAAAAAAAAUAUUUCUAGUGGAUUAUGUUUUACCAAACACAAAUGGCCAGUCAAACAAAGGUUUGACAAACACAAAGCUAUUAAAUUGAUUAAAAAUUC